GUCCUUGUCUUUCUGCAACAAUGAGAUAAAAUAAAACAUCAGGAAAAAGGGUAAACAAAUUUAAAACCCCCGAAAAAAAUUCCUGGCUCGUCGGUUCCAAUGAUGAAGAUGGGAGGCGAUUUAUUAAAAUGGCUUUUCAUCAUUCUCUUAGCUCUUGUUCUUCUCCGUGUUUACUCGGUCUCCGCCGUCUGUGAACUCAGUUUCACUGACCAUGACAAGCGCAUUAACUAUAGCUUGGCCACUCCUCUCGCUAUGUUCCCUCACGGUGUCCUCAGUGAAGACGGAUUCUAUAAGGUGGCUGUGAAUGAGACUGUGCUCUGGUUUCAGCUUUGCGAUGAGAUGUUAUUCAAUCAUGACCCACCUAGAUGUGUUGACUGCUUGGACUGCGGGGGUCCAUCACGCUGUGGAUCAGAAUGUAGUGCACUUGUGGCAAACAACAUCGAUGGUUAUGAUGUAUGCAAUACUAUUGGGCUUGUAUCACGCACAAAUAUAAAGGUUAUGGAUAAAAAGAAUCCCCACAAGGGUGUCAUUGUUAAUAUGUCAAAUAUUGGCCCAAAGCAGAAUUGUUCGCUUUCUGUAACUGUCGUUUGUGAUCAGGAUGGAGUUCAAGGGCCGCAGUCUAUGGAGAAAUUAGGGACCUGUGAUUUUGCUACAGUGCUGCGGCAUCCUGCUGGUUGUGCAACAGUUGUAUCUAUUGCUGGAAGAGGAUUGGGCUGGUUUGGAACCUUCAUAACAAUAAUCUUUUGCCUCUUUGGAAGCUAUCUGCUAGCUGGUACAGUUUAUCGAUUUUUUUUCCUUGGAGUUCGUGGUGUAAAUGCAAUUCCAAACUUGGAUACUUGGACCAGCUUACCGCACAGAACACAGAGUUUUUUUACAUCUUUGGUACGGAGAUUUAGAGGAUCGUCUGAAGGGCAUCGAAGCUCCUAUUCUCGUGUCAACUUUUGAGCAAUUGCAAGCUUGCUCUAGAUGUAGUGGAUAUAUCAGUUUUUAGAUAUCUCAGUUCCGCAAUGCAAUAUGUGCCAACAAGUGCAAAGUUUUUGCAUCUGGGCAAUAUCCUACAGUUUUGCAUGUUUGCUUUGUCAUGGCAGAUUCUUAGUGUUCGCUGCAGAGCUCUCACAUUUCUGUGGCAUAUACAUAUAAACAGUGCUCGUUUUCUGCUUCCAAGUUCCCAUCAAUCAUAUGAUUUUUUUGGUAAAAAAGAAUAAUUGUUUACUAUUCCAUUUAUUGUAGUCUGUUAAAAUGCUGACUAGGGAAAAAUGUGUUACCAAUAUAUUUUUCAUUUUCUCUCUGAAUGACAUUUUGGUAGAUACACAUCGUUUGAGUUUUACCUGUUUUCAAGCGUUUUUCUGCCGAAUGACCUGAGUUUCUGAAGCAUGAUCAUUGGAAGAUGCCCAGAAACUAGGGUAAACGGUAAAAUCUACUGCUUGAAGUUGAUUGUAGAGAAUGAAGAUAAAAUCUA